ACUCCCCGUCAUCCCUCUCAGAGCACCCACUGCCAGUGUCCGCUCUUCCUCUCCUCGAGCCAAAAGCUCAGCCUCUGCACCCUCAAAGGGCCAACACCCCGCUCUCGCAUCCUCUUCGCUUCACCUCACUCCAGCGCUAGUCGCGGUUCUCUUUCUCUUCUCCCGCAUUCAACCACAACCAUGUCUGAUCACGCCGAAAAAGAGGCGGGUCCGCCCGCUGCAAACCAGGCGCCGUCCCAGACGCCCUCUCAGACACCCUCCAACACCGACGCACCCCCAGAGAAGCGCAAACGCGAGUAUAAGGACUUUGGCCAUGACGAGGAGAAGGCAACACACGCGAAGGUCGAUAUGUCCCAGAUCGAGCUUCGUGCAGAGGAUCUCUACGACAAGGAAAAGGUCGACCUUGAGACGAUCGUCAUCGACGACGUCUUCAAACUCCUCCAGUGCGAUGACCAAGGUCUGAGCUCUGAGGAGUCCAAGCGCCGUUUCGAGAUUUUCGGGCCGAACAAGCUUGAGCAGGAGGAGCAAAAUGCUCUGCUUCAGUUCCUAAGCUUUAUGUGGAACCCUCUCUCCUGGGUCAUGGAGGGUGCUGCUCUUGUCGCUAUUGCUUUGUCGAAUGGUGGAGGUAUGCCGCCCGAUUGGCAGGACUUCGUCGGUAUCAUUUUACUUUUGUUCAUCAACUCGGCCAUUGGUUUCUACGAGGAGCGUAAUGCCGGAAAUGCAGUCAAGGCGCUCAUGGACUCUCUUGCGCCAAAGGCUAAAGUUCGCCGAGACGGCAAGUGGCAAGAGAUUGAGUCCGCUGACCUCGUGCCCGGUGAUAUGGUCGCUUUUAAGAUUGGUGACGUCGUUCCCGCGGAUUGCCGUCUGACGGAAGCCAUCAACGUAUCGAUUGACCAAGCUGCUCUUACUGGUGAAUCGCUCCCUCAGAGCAAGAAGCUCGGUGACCAGUGCUUCUCAGGUUCCACUUGCAAGCAGGGUGAAGCUGAAGGUGUCGUCAUCUCUACUGGUGCCAACACGUUCUUCGGUCGUGCCGCGUCGCUCGUCGGUCAGGAUGACGACACAACCGGCCACUUGCAAAAGAUUCUUGCACAGAUCGGUUCCUUCUGUCUUGUUUCGAUCGGUAUUUUCGUCAUUCUUGAGAUCGUCGUUCUUUAUCCGGCAUUCCACUACACCUACCGUCGUGGUCUCAACAACAUCCUUGUGCUUUUGAUCGGUGGUAUUCCGAUUGCCAUGCCUACUGUCUUGUCUGUUACACUCGCUGUCGGUGCCCAGCAGCUUGCAAAGCACAAAGCUAUUGUCACUCGUAUUACGGCUAUUGAAGAGCUUGCAGGUGUCACUAUCCUGUGCUCUGACAAGACCGGUACCCUUACGACAAACAAGCUGACGAUCGACAAGAACCUUGUCAAGUGCUAUGGCCCAUUCUCGCCGGAUGAUGUCGUCCUUCUUUCUGCAUACGCUUCCCGUACGGAAAACCAGGAUGCCAUCGACCAGUGUGUUGUUGGCUCUCUUGCUGACCCGUCACGUGCACGCGCGGGCAUUCAGUUGCUCGACUUCAAACCCUUCAACCCUGUUGACAAGCGCACGGAGAUUACUUACCGCGAAGAGUCGACCGGCAAACUCAAGCGUGUUACGAAGGGUAUGACUGGUAUCAUUAUUGAACUUUGUACGCGCAACAAGACGGACGAGAUGGAGAACCGACUUGAGGCUGAUGUUGAGGAAUUCGCGACCCGUGGUCUUCGUGCACUCGCUGUUGCAUACGAAGAAUUGGAUCACGAGGACCAUGAAGGCGAGGGUAAUGGCUUCGAACUCAUUGGUCUUCUUGCGAUUUUCGACCCGCCACGUGAAGAUACCAAGCAGACCAUCGACGACGCGUUGGCGCUUGGUGUUAAAGUUAAGAUGGUAACUGGUGAUCAGCUUGCAAUUGCAAAGGAAACUGGUCGUCGUCUUGGUCUCGGUGACCACAUGUACCCGGCCAAAGUGCUCAAGGAGGGCCCGCAGCCUGGUAGCAAGUACCAGAACCUCGAUGAGAUCAUCCUUGACGCUGACGGUUUUGCUGGUGUGUUCCCUGAGCACAAGUACGAGAUUGUCAAGCGUUUACAGGGUCUUGGUCACUUGUGCGCGAUGACUGGUGACGGUGCUAACGAUGCUCCUGCUCUCUCCCGUGCGAAUGUCGGUAUUGCCGUCGAAGGUGCCACCGAUGCUGCUCGCGGUGCUGCUGAUAUCGUACUGACUGAACCCGGUUUGUCAACGAUUGUCCAUGCUAUUCGCGGUUCGCGUCAGAUCUUCCAGCGUAUGCGGAACUAUGCCAUUUACGCUUGCGCUGUAACGAUCCGUAUCGUUGUAUGCUUUGCCAUUCUUGCAUUCGCGUACAACUUCGACUUCCCGCCGUUCAUGGUUCUUAUCAUCGCGCUGCUCAACGAUGGAACGAUCAUGACGCUCUCCGUUGACCGUGUCUUGCCAUCGAAUACACCUGAUAGUUGGGAUCUUGCUGAGAUUUUCAGUUACGCUGUUGCAUACGGCCUCUACCUCACGCUGUCUACUAUUGCCCUUGUUAUAAUUAUUAUAGAGACGACAUUCUUCCAAGAUAAAUUCGGUGUUUCACUCGAGGAUACUUCUCCAGCUGGCGCUGUCGACCACAACGAUGACCAGUUGCACACGAUCGUGUACCUCCAGGUUGCCAUCAUCUCGCAGGCGCUCAUCUUCGUCACGCGUUCACACGGUUUCUUUUUCAUGGAGCGUCCAUCUGUCGCUUUGAUGCUCGCGUUCGUCAUCGCACAGGUUGUCUCGUCUAUCAUUGCUGCGUACGCCGACUGGGGCUUCACCGACAUCCACAGUAUUUCCGGUGGUUGGAUCGGUAUCGUCUGGGUCUGGAACAUUAUCUGGUUCAUUCCGCUCGAUUGGAUCAAGUUUGCGAUGAAGGCUACUGUGAUUAGGUAUCUCCGCGAACGUCACGAAGCUGCUGCUCGUAAGGAGGCUAGGGAAACGAGCGAGGCCGGAGGUGUUCCGCUUACACGCACGCAAUCCCGUGCUGCUUCGAUCCACGAGAGUCUAUACUCGAACCGUGUUGGUUUCAUUCGCCGUGCUGCGCGCCGUGUUGGCUUGGGCGGCAGAAUUCACGUCAAGCCAGACGAACUCCGUCGCUUCAGUUCCAUCCAGGCCGCACAGACUGGUCAGACCCUUGCGCGCCAUCCUUCACGUCAGGCCGGUGUAUAGGCUUCCGUUAAUGGACAUGGCGGGCGUAGAUAGAUUGGCCGUUCUUGCCUGCCGCGGCCCGAGAGAGAUGAUGACAAACCAAAUAAAAGUCUGUUUCGCGAAAUAUGUUUCUAGACUUCGGCGACGACCUCCCUGCACACCAUCAAACUUUUUCCCCUUCUCUUCUCCUACCUUGCAUCUCUAUCCUCCGUGUUCUCCUGUGUCCCUCCCUGAUCUUCCUCUUUACCUCUAUUCCCUGUUAUUCUCCUACAACUCUGCCGCUCCCCAGCGGACCAGGUCAGACCACCCUCUCCUUUUUACCACCCACCCUUCAUCAUACCAUGUUUUCUCCCUUUU